AGAAUACGUGAAGGAAAAACGUCCGUGUCAGCUGCCGUACGUGUGUUUUAUGCGGGAGACAUCAGUGAUGCGUGAUAGCGGGCGUUAAAUUCAUGGUUUUUGUGCGUUCAGGGCAAAGUUAAGGUAUUUGGGGGGCAGCUGACUCGCGCUGGAGCGAUGAAGGGAGAGGCGGAAGUGAAGUCACUUGACAGACCGUCCAUGUUAUUAUUGUUAUUUUGGUAGCCCUGCGAUGAGACGGGCUGGGGAGCCGUUGGUCUCCGAGACAACGACCGUUGACGUUACCGCAGGCCGCCCCGGACCGACACCACCACCCUCGCUGACCCGGAGACAGGAGCCUCGCUGACGGCUGGGGGGCGGGAGGGAGGAGGGUGUGAGGACCCAGCUCCAGCUCAGCUCCUACACUACACUUCGGCCGACCAAAAAUAAAACGGCGACAAAAACAAUUACGGUGUUCGCCAAAGAGCUCGACUGGUGACUGCGCGGUCGGUAACAGGGACGUGCCGCCGCAGACAUGAACGGUAUCACCAAGGGCCGGUUCGAGGUAUGACAGAGGGAGUGGACCACCAACGGUUAAACUGUUUGUUUCUAGUAGACGUGGGAGUCGUGGGGCUUGUAUAAGCGAAGUGUGUUUGUGUACGUGUGUGUGGUCGACCGUGCUCCUCAUUUUAACAUGCAGCCUGAAGCCGAGGCGUUUUGUUGGUCAAGGGUAAUCCGAAAUCCUGUUAUUGUCCUGCCGCACCAGUAGGCAGCGACAACAUGGAGCUCAGGACUGCGGGACACAGGAGGGCUGUGGCUGAGGAGUCAAUACAUCAGGGCCGAGCCUGGCUGGCUGGCUGACUGGCUGGCUUUGUCGCCUGAGGUUACAGGCUUUUGGGUGGGGGCAGGACUGGGGCUGCAGAUGGAGAUUUGUAAAUACAUUCAAUUAGUCAUCAUGGCAGACAACCCUGUAAUACCUGUGACACCUCCUAUGAUACCUGUGAUGACAGGUGCCACUGAGCAGCAUUGGCAUACCACACAUGACCCUGUUGGGUUCAAGAUUUAACUUAUAAUACCAUGUAGGCUUUGUGUUUCUCUCAUGGUCUCUCCAUAUUUCCAUGUCAGAGUUGUAGAAAGGUGGUAAACACAUUUUUUAUGGGCGGGAGAGCUGCAGUAAUUGGAUAAGUGUUUAGUUGGUGUACUUGAGUAAAUGUAUUGAUUUUUUGGUAAAGAUACUCAAUGAAAAAACAUAGUCCUUAGGUUAAAGUGCAGAAUUAUUGACAACAAAGAUUCCCAUAAGGUAGAUGGAUUAGUGUUGGCGUUGUGAUGUAUGGUUGUAGGUAUUAUUGUGCAACACAUGCACAGCUGUGAAUUUGCUUCAUAUACAGUUGUGUAAUGUGUAAAAACAAACCUGUUUUAAAUAGAUGAUUGUAGGAUUUAUGGCUUAACCUCAGAUUUUUAGAGGAACCAGCACCCCAAUCUGUGAAAUAUGUGUCUGCAUUGAGUGCUUCUGAAAUGUAGCAGAGCUUAAGUCCAAAAUUUAUGUUUUUAUACACUGAAAAUGAACUAAAGUAGCUUACAUUACUUCCAUUAAUGACCUCCAACUUUGCUUCGCUAAAUGCAGUUGUACAAAUUGCUCCAAAGUGCAAAUCCAUGCUAAAUUCCUGCGGUAUAAUAAUUAUGUUUUGCUGUGUCAACGCUUUCUCUGUAAUUGUGUUCCGACACUAAAUCAGCUCCGGUCUGACUGGUCCCCUGAGCUUUGAGCAUUGUUUAUCUGGAAUAUCUUCCACACAUUGUUGGGAUUCUUUCAGGUUUGACUUGAUGGUACUUGAAUGUCUGCGUCAGGUGUUCAGAUACUGUAAGGUUGCUAGUAUAUUAAACACCAGUGUCUACGAGUGAGUGAGUUGAGAACAGAAGGGCUGAUAUUUGUUGCCAUGUUGGUGGAUUUCUCAACAGAGCUGUAAGCUUCUUAUACACAGAUGAAAACCAUUGUAUGGUGGGAAAGAAGCUUGAGUGUGUGGGGGUAACAGAGGGCAGUAUGGGAGGGUUGACUAAUAGUCUUACACCUGAGAUAAUGCUUUACAAUGAACUUGACAUAGUUGUACUGAAGGCCGGGAGUAACAACAAAAACCAACCAUGUUUUAUUUCCUGAUACUUGAACUAAUGCAGCAUUUUGACUCUCUCCAGUCGAUCAGUGCUACUUAAAAAAAACACAUUUGCACCCUGUUAUGCAAAGUCUAGGAAUAGGAGUAUGACAGUAGAGAGGAACUCCCUGCUUGGGAAUGCUGCUCUGCUGGCACAGGGAACGAGGGCACCAGAACACUGAGGUGAUGACUCUAAUAAAGAGUGUGCACCAGCUUUGAACUUCGCUGUCAUAAUGUCAUAACUAUGGCUGAGAUUACACACCACAUACUGCUCAUGCCAAUUCACCUGGUGAACUUCCAUGAGAUUGUACGAGGGCUGGAUGCCUUUGUCUUAGGUCAGCUUUUCAGAAACAUGAAGUAAGUCAUCAUUGAGCAAAUACUUACAUGUAGGGCUGUAUGAUAUCUGAUUUUUUUCACCACAUGAUUAUUGUGGCUAUUAUAACAUAACAGUACUAUCACAGUAUUUAUUAAAAACUUAAUAACAAAAAACAGUGAAAUUGAGAUAAGGCAAGAUAAGGGUAGAGCAACAAACUACAACAAAAAACUUUGCUUAUAAAGGCAGGCAACUUAAAUACAGGAUCAUUUCUAAUGAGUUUGUAUUUUGAAGUCAACUCCCUCAGGUAGAUCAGUACUGCUACCAAUAUCAAAAAUAAGAAUCCAGGUUGGCCAUUAACUAAUGCUGAUACCACAUUGUUUUAUCAAUAUGAUAAUGCUAACAAAUCUCACUCAAUAUUGAAUAAAUAGUGAAUAUUUAAUUAAAAGAAUACAGAAAAAUACAGAGACAGAAAAAUAUUUGCCUCUGUAAAAAGUUGCCACAAAGGACUUUACACAACUAUCUGAAAUUAAUAGGAAAGACAAAAAUAUACAAGGUAAAUAUUAAUGUUAUUAUUAAACUGCACCAUUCUAUACAUCAUAGGAGAGUUCAUUGUAAACACUUGCCAGUCUUUGAUUUGAUAUGCUGUCAAAUGCAUCUUUCAUUUUGAACGAUACCAGUGUAUAUUAAUCAGUCUAUCGCUAAUGAAAACAGUUAAAAGAAUGGAUAGAAAGUAAAAAUGUGCAGUUUUCAAAAGUGCCUAAUCAUCUUUCAGAGGGCUGCUAAAGCUAGUUCACUAGCAGUUUGCUGCUUCUUUAUCUUUCCUCUGUUUUUUGAAUAAGAGCAACCAGCGUAAAGAAUCACUCCAGUGAAUGGACAGUGUUAUUGUAUGCUUAUUUUUAGCGCCAUAUCAAUAUUUCACAAACCAUACUAGUAUAUCACGACAGCUCUACUUGCAUGAUAGAUCUUUUUUUAGGAAGAACAGUUGGUUUAAUGUGGAAAUAAUAGUGAUAUUGGUCUGUAACAGGUGUCUAACUAAGGUAUCAUUUCUUGUUUUGUUUAACCAGCUGCCUCCUCUCCCAAAAAUAUCAGUUCUAGAAGUAUAAGACACAUAUCGGAUGAUUUGGAAAACACCAAAUAUAUGUGAUACCUAACUUUCUGGCACUCAGCUGAUUUUCAAGUCACAUUUGGUUCCACCAUGUUUCACUCAGUUCCAAGCUAAAAAAUCUUAUCAUCAGUUAGUUGAACAAAACUGAACAUUUGAUGAGAUAUUUUCAGACUUCUGGGUAUCAUUCGUGUUCCUUUUUAUGAUUUCUACAGACUAAACAGUUUAUUAAUAAACCAGAAAAUAGCAGACAGAUUAUAAAAAUAUGAAAUUAUGAAAAUAAGAGGCUUGACCUGUUUAGUAUGUGGUAAUUUUCCACUGCUCAAUGUCUCCAAAAAAACAACAAAAAACUUUUUUCUCUCAUAAUGACUUUUUAGUGAUUACCUGAAAACUCAGAAUGUAAAGCCGAGUCAUAUGAACUUUGAUGUGUCGCUAAUCUGUUGAAUACCAGAUGGUCUGAUAUUAAACUUAUGAUACUGUUAGUAAUAUAAACCACAUGAUGAGGAGAUUAUUUGGCUCCUGGUCUUUGUUGCAUUAGCCCCACUUGCUUUGUCUACAUUGUGUUUUUGGAGGGGGAGGUCAUAGGUGAGUGAUGUGUUACAGGGGUGGUUUGGAAUUGAGUCUAGAUUUAGUCCUCAACCCUAAACCACCUCUGGCUUUAGUGACACUGACUUUAUGUACUAAAGGCCUCGUUUGUCCACAGGUUGAGUUUUAUAACAUUCACUACCCACUCUGUAUUGUCCCAUUAGGCUCAAUUUGCCCUCCAGUUUACUCAAUUGAUGCAGCUCUAAAUAUAUCUGCAGCUGAAAGCCACAUGACAAUAAUAAAGGCUUUAUUUUAAAGUGCUUAUUCAGAGAUUUCAUUAAGCUUCCCAUAGAGGUAGUCAGGCCCAUCCCUUAUGGGCAGAUGGGGAAACAUGUUAUUCAAUACAGAGUAUGUGGGAACCACUGGUGGAAACAAUUUAACUACAUCCUGGAGCUAUUAUUGGAUGAAGGUUCAGGUCUGUGUUUGGAAACUCUUUGUCUUGGUUACCUGAGAAUAGAUGUUAAAAUUCAAACUAUCUUAGCUAAUUAUUUGCCAGACUUUAACCGGACCCCCUCCCUUUCUUGUGUCUUUUGACCCCGCUUCCUCUCAUGUGGCUGUUUCUUCCUCUUUCCCCUUCUUUCUCCAUCUCUGGUUUUAACACAGUUUCUACCACUUAUUUUGUCCCUUGAACUUUAACAGACUGCUGUAUUUGUACUUCCCUCUGCCCCCCCCCCCCUUUUUUUUUUCUCUUCUUCACUGUUUGCAUCUGUCACAGUCUAGAGUGAGGUGGAGCUUAGACAUUUCCACUGACAACCUUUGUUCCACCUGUGCCUUUUCCUUGUUCCCCUUUGUGCUUCCACAUUGUCAGUGUUUGGGCGUGACUCAGCAGGGAGUCCCCCUCAUUAGAUACACUUUGCAAAGAGCGAAUCACUGGCAAGAUGUGUGUCUGCAGAGGCCCCUGCAAAUGUGGGUGUUUGUCGUAAUUUAAAUUCAUGGCUGAAUUCAGCCCACCUGAUCUAGAACGUUCUGCCUCUGCUCCUCUCACAGAGAGGUCUGACUUGAAUCACCUGCGAGUGUGUACUUGAGUGCGAGUGAUUGCGUGUGUUUGUGUGUGUCCCACUCAGCAGAUGGCCAGACAUCCAGCGAGUAGCCUAAUUGAGAUAAGCAUGCCAACAAGCUGACCAGGGUAACAGAAUCAUAAGCUUGUAAGGAGGAGAUGUAGAAAGGCCAAAUGUAGCUCUGUUUUGUUUAUUAGCAUGGCUAAGGAAGUGGUAGCUCCUCUCCUUUACUGAUUACUGGAAAGCAGCAGGGGUCUUAGCAAUUGUUUCAUUCUGGUUAUUUCUUUUCUUUCAGAAAUUUUGACGAGGAUGGGAAUAACUGAAAAAUGUAUGCCAUUUAUUUAAAAUUAUCCCUCUAAAAAAGAAACUUAAAUAUUUAUACAUAAUAGUAAAAUGAAACUGUGCUGACCAUGUCCUGAGUAGAGGCAAAGUAUUAGAGACCACAGGCACCCACAAAGCUGCCUAAGUGCUUUAAAUGUUCAUAUGGGAAAAGGAAGAUUAAGACUACCUUGUUAAAAUGCGAAUAUGUCCCUACACAUAUUUUGAGAUGACAAAAAAAUAAAAACACUGUCCCCCGGCCCCAGAUUUAGAUCCCUGAUGAUGAUGAUGCUGCUGCUUUGUGCUCUCUGUGUUUUGAUCUGUUGGCAUUGUUGAAUUUUGUUUCUGUCUUAUUGUUCUUGUUUAUCUUGUUUAUCUUGUGUCUCGGCAGGUGUUCUCAAACAGCGAUGAAGCCCCCAUUAACAAGAAGCUCCCCAAAGAGCUUCUUCUUAGGUAAGAUUUACACAUGCACACUAACACACACACUAACACACACACACACAACAUUACACAGCAUACCCAGGGACAAGGACUUAGGUCAGGGUUACUCAUUAGCUGAAGCAGCCUUGAACACUCGUGUAGGAGUGUGUGUUUUUUCCAUGUACGUUUGUUUUGUCACUAGUUGUGUGUAUAAUGCGCAUUUUUUGUGCGAUGUAUGUUGGUCAUUGGUCUGAAAUGAGGUUCUGUUAACCGUGUGACCUACAGACCAAUAUUUUGUCUGAGAUGACCCAUAAAUCUGACAUCACACAUUUACCCGUGUGUGCCCUCCACGCUGGGUGCAGUAGUGUGUAUAUGUGUGAGUGUGUGUGCACCUGCAUGUUGCUCUGCAGACACACUAGGUAGGCAGCUUGGUUGUGCGUGUGUGUUUGUGAAACGCUCCUGGGCCUAUGCAAACUGUAUGUCUCUGCCUAUGUGUGUAGAUGUGUGUGUGCGCGCGCUAUAAAUAGCUCGUCUUAGCUAGUGGGGAAUUCCGCAGUGCUGUGCUCCUCUGCUGCUCCAGCUGUGCACCACAGUGACUACCAGUGCACCCAUUAACACCAGCACUUUCACUGGUGCACCAGCUACAACACAUGACCCAAUGUCACAUGUGUCAGGUUGGGACACUUACACAACCUCAGCUGUGAGGAAGACUAGUUAUGGCAGCAAAUCUUGUUUUUAAACCAUGGAAAGUGGGUUGACAGAAGCUUUUCUCUGUAUUUGUAAUUUUGUUAUGCUGUGAUACCGUGGGGCAGUGCCAGGGACAUUAUGUUGUUCCAGGUGCGUUUGAAUAAUGCAGGUAUAAAUCUUUAAAAGAGGACGUUUAAAUCACAUACAUGAAAAUAUCUGUAGAAACAUUAUUAUAAUUAAAUAAACAUGGAGGCCUAGCGUUGUGAAAUUAUUAAUUUAACAGAAUUCUAAACAGCAAAUCUUUGACUAAAAUUUGGACGUUCCUCUGAUUGUCUUUUCUUUUAUUCUAAAUAUCUAAAACACUUUAAUUUCUUCCAGAACUUACUUUUAUCAUCCGAUUAUCAAAAACAUUUUAAAAGGUAAGUUUUGUUACUCUUGCCCUCUGUUUGAUAAAACAGCUUAAAAGUGACUGAAAGUGUUGGGAGAGAAUUGGGAAGACAUGCAUUAAUUACUGUCAGGACUUGGAAUUGAUCGUAACUGGUACACCAAGUGUGUAGUCCUGGUUUACCACCCUUUGGGUUGGAUUGGAUUGAGUAAAAACCAGCUCUACAGUCAAAGGCCUAAAUUAAGGUCAGUAAUCACAGUAAAGAAAAACAUCAAAACCCCCACAUUUGAGAGGCCGAAACCAGAAAAUGUUUGAUUAAAACACAAAUAUUUGGUUAUUGAAAUUGCUGAAAAGGAAGCGGUAAUGGAGAGUUGGCUGGUUAUAAAUGGAAUAGAAUCUUAACCGGGCAAGACAACGAAAGGGAGGGGUCUUGUAUACCCUAAAGUAUGCAUUAUCCCUCUUAUUACCAAGCUUACUAGCUAUACAAUCAACACAACACUGAGUAUACAUCUGUUUCUAUUCCCAGCUCCAACUUCUGACUUCCAAGGUAAAUUGAAAGCACCAUGAAAAAGACAUUGAUCAAACUGAAGAAAACACCUUCUAUCGGUGUAUUAAUUAACACAUAAUGGAAACUUAAGUUUUUUUCUCAGUGGCAGAGGGAUAGAGGUGAAAUAUGCUGGAACCCCCUUCAAUGGAUUUGAAGUGUGUGAUCUAGUUGUUCUUGGGUUGUUCUUGGCGCUACUUGUACUAUUUACAUUGAUGUACAAAUGCUAUGGGGUUUUUACGAUCAGAAUCAAGUAUUUAGCACAGUAAUGAGUUAGGCAGCCAGACAGUAAAAUGAAAUAAGCAAGUUUUAUCACUCUUUGAUUCAAUUGCACACACUUCUUAAACAGUGAUAUCAUCGGGGAUCAUCAGCUGUUAAAUGUCUAAAAUGUUGCAGUGAUGCCGAGUGUUUCUCAGUUAGAAAUUUUAAAACGAUGGCUGUUUUUGUUGAAUGUAUGACUGUGAGCAGACCAGAGUACCUCUCUUGUUUCUGCAUUUGUCUGCCUCUCAGGUGCUGCAUGGUAAACAGCCGUUAUCUAGGCCAGUGCAGCACAAGUAGAUAUACACUGGAAAACUGUGAUUUAGAAGCACCUCGUCUGACAGGCUGACAAGCCUCGACGAGAGUUCAGAGUCAUUCAGGGUCUCCUUACCCAGAAGCACUGACUCAGCACCCUCCCUACCACCACCCAAAUUCAUGUCUAACUGGAGUUUCUAUGGCAACAAGUCCCGAACUCCCAGUGAAGGCUUGAUUCUCUCUUAUCUAGCCACGCUCGAAGGGCCAGGUGAACAUUUUGUCAACAAAUGGGGAUGUGCUCCAUUAAAUUCCCAUUAUAUGCCAUGUCAGAAAGAAGAGGUGGGAUUUGACGGAGGCUGCUAAGCUGUUUUCACCUGUCUGUGUUUAGAGGAGCAUCAGGGCUUUCCCAUGUUAUAUCAUCACCUCUUUGUUUUUGUGCACGUCUCUUAUGCAGCUGUACUUCAACUCACACAGUCUGUCUUCAUCAGAAAAACCACCAUUUUCGAUCAAGUGUUGGUGUCAAACUGGUUAACAAGGCUCAAAACGGGACUCAGCAAAUCAGAGAGGGUGAUUGAUUCCCUGUGAGUGUGAUUAACAGAAAUCUGCUGUGAUUGGUUAAAAGGCCUCUCGCUCACACAUAAUGGAAAGUCAGAUCGUAUUUGAUUGAAACAGACAGCCAAUCAAUGAUUAGCGCCACAGCCAUUAACCAGUUAUUAGAAGGGGGGGAUCAAUGAGCGUCUGCUUGAUUGGUCUGCUUCUUUGGUGCCCUGGGAUCACCUCAAGGACUCAGUGAAUGGGUGUCUUUGCGUUGCUUUGUUGAUUGUAUACAUGUACUCCCUGACCUAAGACUUCACUGUAGAUUAAAGAGACAUGUCCCAACAUGCCCUGGCCGACUGCACAUCUAAACACAUAGUCUUUGUUUAGCAGCUAUAUGAAGGAAACAAAGGCCGGCUCCUGUUUCCUGGGGUUAAAAGGACAUUCAGACCCCAGCUGCACUCAAAGCGUUGGCACUGUGACAAUUCUUUGAAUACCUCAAAUUUUCUAUAGAUCCGCCCCCUAAGGAACGUUUAAUCACAGGGGCAAGAAACACAUGUUCUGUUUAAUAUGUGUGUCCCUCUGUAAAUGUAUGUCUGUCUGUCCUGUGCUGGCUGUGGCCUUGCCUGUCUGAGCGCCAGAGAUUACUCAUUGGCAGAUUAAUGGAUUGAGCUGACCCAGUAGCCCGCUGCAUGCAGCCCUUUGUGGCUGAGCAGACCCACAGCUCAAACACUGGCUUUCUGUGGGGCUCUCCUGCUAACCAAACAUGGGGGAUUGUUCCGUAAUUAAGGACACAAAAAGCACAUUAAAUCACACACUGAGAAAAACAUGAUAACACAGAGGUAAAGCUGAGUUAGGAUGCACACUUAUGCGCACUUUUUGUCUCUCUUUUCAGAAUAUUCUCCUAUCUAGAUGUGGUUACACUCUGUAGGUGUGCCCAAGUAUCCAAGGUAAGCAUUUCCCUCUUUACACCUCCAAACCGCCCACUCUACAUGAACACACUCACUGUUUUCACAGAAGGGAUUGAUGUUACUCCAAACUACUGUAUGGUUUAAAGGCAUACCAUUACUGGAAGCUCUAGAAAAGUCUAUAACACAGUGCCACCUGCUGGUUGUGUGUAGAGGGACCACUAUUUAGCCACAGCACUGCAGCUGAAAGCCAUGUAUGAAUGAGCUUACUGUGAAUAAUAACCAGGGUUAGGCAGGUGGACUGUGAAUGCAGAGCUGUGGCAGCUGCUCCUCUUUCAGUUGCUCCAGUGUAUUCAGAAAGUGUCAUAACUCUGUGUCUGUGAUGGGGCACAUUUACUUCAUGUUUUACCAUGAUACAUGAACGUCUUUAUUUUUUAAAGCAGUAUCUUUUUUUGCUGAGCAUUUAACUAAAAAAAUCACCUUUUUUUCUAGAUUUAUUCACUUGAUUAAACAAACAGACUUUGAAUCCUAACUUUACUGGUAUAGAUACUAUUAGACCUUUCUUUUCUGUCCUAAAACUGAAGCGCUGCUGAUACUCGGCUUUGACAAUCAUUAAACUCUCUAGCACACUGCUGUUAUUGCCACAUAAAAACUACCAGAUAUUUUUUUUCAGGCCAAGUAAGAGAUUUUAAUAAUCAGGGAAUUCCCUCACAGACAAAGUUGUAAUGUCAACGUUUUUAUAUGUAGCGAGUGGCCUUGCAAAAUGCGAGAAAUAUAUAAUAAUGUUAAUGCUUUGCAAUUAUGGUUCUGACAUACAUGCUAACAAAGCUAAUUUGAAUUGCAUUGGUAAAAACUUGAGAAAUGGAGGAUCAAGGUAGUCUCUUGCAAGUUGUCGCUAAAUAUUCUCAUUUCUACACACAGUACCAGUUAUUAUCUUAGACUUGGACCCGUUUUGAGGUUGUAAUUAGAAUAACUUUAAUAGUCAAAAUUACAAACUACAUUUCCCUAGAGCCUGAUAUAGAUUCUUCGAGAGUUCAGCGGUUUAAACCACAAAGACUAUCAGUCUUCAAUGACAUCAGUUGGAGUAAAAGAAGCAAAUCCUCACAUUAGAGAGGCUCCAGAUGGCGUUAAGAAGUGAAAACAGCAGCUGGUGCACCUGCUCCUCCAACAAAGAAACAGGAAGUGGUUGCAGUUGAUACCUAGAAUGAACCAAACCUGUAUCGUGCUGUUCAGUAGAGGUUAAUGUGCUGUGUUCAAUAAACUCUUCUAUGAUAUUAUUUUGUUAACCUGCACCUCUGUGUGUUUCUGUCCACACCAUCCUCAGGCAUGGAACGUCCUGGCUCUAGAUGGCAGUAACUGGCAGAAGAUUGACUUGUUCAACUUUCAGACAGAUAUAGAGGUGAGAGGUGCUUUUAAAAGAGGGGCAGUUAAAGAAGGGUAGCGUGUGUGUGUGUGUGAGUGUGCGUUUGUGUGUGUGCGUGCUUGCUUAUGUGAGCCAUGUGUGCGUACUUGCUGAGUAGCAUUAUCCAGCCCAAGGCUUAGUGCUGGGUCACUAGGCUUUGGUGCCAGCUGUGACGUCACAGAUGAUCCUCUGUCCUCCGUGGCCCAAGUCAAGUCACUCUCUCCCUCUCUCCUUCUCGCUGUCCCUCAGGGUCGGGUGGUAGAGAACAUUUCCAAGCGAUGUGGAGGCUUCCUGAGGCAGCUGAGCCUCCGGGGCUGCCUGAGCGUGGGAGACGCCUCUAUGAAGUGAGAAUGUCCUUAAAUGUGCUUCUGCUUGAACUUUUUCCCUAAGUCACACUUAAGUGGUCGUAUUUGAAUUAAAAUAAAGCAGCUCUUUUCUUUCAGUCUCAGGGGACCCCUUGAUCUGUUCAUUACAUAUAACCUCAAGAGAUCUAUCAUCUCUUAAUUAACAAGUUCAAGAUUUUAUUGUGAGAGUAAAACCCUUAAAAUGGAAAACAAACUUACUUCAGCUGUACAACAACCUCCUGAGGGCCCUUAGAUGACUCUGUUGAUUGGCUCCUGAGCAGCUGACUUCUUAUUUACUCACUGAAAUGACAGCAGAGUAACAGAGUAAGUCACCCUCUCUCUCCCUCUUUGCUGUUCUUCUGUUUGGCAGGACAUUUGCUCAGAACUGCAGAAACAUCGAAGUGUUGAACCUGAACGGCUGCACCAAGAUCACAGACAGUACCUGUCUCAGCCUCAGCAAGUUCUGCUCCAAACUCAAACAGCUCGAUCUCACCUCCUGUGUAUCCAUCAGCAACCACUCCCUCAAAGCCCUCAGGUAGCUGCCACACACACACACACACACACACACACACACACACACACACACACACACACACACACACACACACACACACACACACACACACACAGUGUUGUUACCUUAAAAGAAAAGGUGACCUGGUCUGACUCUGUAUGUUUUUUAUAUUUUGAAGACUUUUAUUUUUGUCAAGAUCUUAAGAACAGCCUGAAGUUUUUGUUUUUUUUUAGCUGAUAUUCACUUUUAAAAGCAAAAUGGUCCAAUCAUGAAUAUUGUAGCACACUCAGUGAAAAUGGACCUUUUCAUAUGUUGAAUUGCUCUAUACAAGAAAAGUCACUUAUGUUUUACAUUACCAUCCAAGUCCCAUGCAGUUUACUAUGCACGCUUUGCUGUGCUGCACAGAUAAAGUGCAGCCUGGUGGACAAAAUAGAAAUAUUAACAUGUAUUGCCUAAUAUCAGCCAACUGAAAUUAAACAAGUGAUGCAUGUACAUUGAUACUCAUUAAUUGUUUUCUAUAUUGAAUGUCAUGUUAAAAACAGGUUGGAAUACUUGUGUUGAUAGAAGUAUGUGUGCUAGAACUAUCCGGCUAGCAUUUCCUGACUGUUUUUAUUCAGUUCUGUAACUCACAAUCUACUGAAAGUAGCUAGUAUACAUCAAAAAUAAAAGCACACCUAAAUGAGACAGGAAACUAUCAAAAUAAAAGCAUGACCAACACUUGUUUUAUGAGGCAGUGUUCACCCAAAGAAGUUUCUGGCUCUGUCCGAAAUGGAUCCCUAACCCCUAUAUAGGUGACUAUAUGGGGGUUAUCGCCAUUUUAAGGGGUGUCUGAAACCUGAGUGAUUAAUUCCAGUGCCCCAUAUAGGCGACUCAAAAUUUCCCAUAAAGCAUUGCAGAUUGUAGUGACCAUCCGAUGGUUACUCACCGGUGGUGGGCAUCCCGUCAUGCAUUCCGUCUUGCCAUGUAGUGUCCGAAACCUCCAGUGAUUGAGUUCACUACAUAGUCAACUGUAUAGUGAAACCCCAUAUGGGGGUUAGGGGUUAGGGAUUGAGUGAUUCAUUUCGGACACAGCCUCAGUCACAGGGAUAGACUGUAUAAAGAAUGGAUGCCGUCUGCCUCCUCACUGGGUGAAGCCACCGCAAGAACAGCACCCUCUGAUGACGGGCUGCAGUAUAGGUCAUAAAUCCCGCCUGCUCCAGCAAUUCCUAUGGAGCUGUGGACAAAACUUUAGAAAUUUAUUACACAGAAUAUAAAUUUUUCUCCACCCUGCUUGCAUUGUUGAUAUGUAGUUACUGUAAGACUGGUUUGUGCUCAAGUCCUCUUUUUUCUGUGCAGCUCCAUUUUUAUAAGUUAUUAGGGGGUUCACGUUUUCUAUGAUUGACACUUGAUACAGCUUAUGGGUGUAUGAAGAUUGCGUAGCUCACCCGGGGGUGCGCUGUUUGAGCAGAGCGUCAUCACAGCAACUCUCUGCGACUCUCCCACUGAAUGUGUACAACGCAACUGUGCAGUGGUGGUUUCAGGAAGUGGAAAAGAAUUGUGCAAAUUGCGAGAGCUUUUGGGCUUCAAAUCCGUAUACUGGUGGAAGGCGCAACCAAGUUGUCCAUAGUAUAUACAGUCUAUGGUCACAGGGCUUAAAUCACAAGUAAGAACAUCAUUAAAUACAGAUUAAGACACGUAAGUUAAGUGUGUGUAAGUGAGGUUUAUAAAGUAAUAUCUUUAGUUGUUCUGUUUUCAAAGUUUUUCUUUCCAUGCAGAUUAGAAAAAAACUGACAUGUCAUUAAAAAUGGCCGAUACUGUCAGAUAUUGGCUCUUUUUAUAUCAGAUUUUCUGUGAGGAAAGUGAUACAUGUCCAAGAGUUAUUUUCCAUUUAAGAUAAAAUUUACCAGUUUAGGGUUGUAAUAUUUGUGCAUUUUUAAAACCAUGCACACAGAUAUUCCUGUACAGUUGGUCUCCUUUUCAUCCUCUUUAUGUAAUGUGUGUCCAUACUUAGUGACGGCUGCAGAAUGCUGGAGAUGUUGAACCUGUCCUGGUGUGACCAGAUCACGCGUGAUGGGAUCGAGGCUCUGGCCAGAGGCUGCAAUGGUUUACGAGCACUGUUCCUCAGAGGCUGCACACAGGUAGAGUAUAAGCAGGGCAACACAUCCACACUGACAUGAACCUGAGAACAGAUGAGCAUUUUCUCCUCUGAGCAUUUCAGGCCUUCUUUGUUAGUAAUUUGAGGCAUCAUGACCCUUGAUUUGAUCAUUUUACUAUAAUAUUCUGAAUUGAUUUGAUGCAUUAAGUCAUGGUACUGUUGCCAGAGAAGCCUUCUGUGUUUACUGUAAAUAAGGUACUCUGGUGGUUUUCUCAAUGCCCCUGCUGUGAAAAAAUGCUUAAAACACAGAAAACCAACAGUAGUUACCUUUAAAUUCCUGGACCGAUAAAACAAAAGCAGAAAAUCUACCAUAAACCCCAGAAACCACGAUUCCCUCCCACUUCUAAAAAACCUCUAGUUUAUACAGAUCUGCCCUUUUCUUACCUCCUCUUCCUGAUACUUUCAGUUCCCCAGCCUGCAGAAUUUGGGUCAUUCUCUUGAUCUCAUUGGUUUGGUUGUAUUGAUUUAGAGGUUUGUGUUGCACACUGCCUUUUUUGUUUUUUGUUUUUGGUUCUCUGCUGCCUCUCUGGAGCUGGUACUUUCUUCGGGCUGUGUACUCAGCUUGUUGUUGUUGUCGUUACAACCAAAGUCUUGUCUGUUUUCCUUGUUUGUAAAAAAAGGACCAUGAAGCCACAAUGGCUUAUCUUUUUAGAGUCACAGGAGACAGUUGUGACAUGUGACUUGAUUUAAGUCAUUGGUAAGAACACAGUCACAUCCUUCAAUAAUUGAUCCAAGUUUUUGUUUAUUAAUACACUCCAUGUUUUAUUCCUCCUCAGCUGGAUGAUGGAGCUUUGAAACACCUUCAGAAACACUGCCCAGAACUCACCACCAUCAAUAUGCAGUCUUGUACAGUAAGACAAACAUUUGUUUGUGGGAUUUGGGGAGAAGGAGACUGAUAACAAUGCUUUAGGGACAUGUCUGUGUGUCUCUGAGUUUUGUGAGAUUUGUGUUGCGUGUCUUUUGCCUCCAGCAAAUAACAGAUGAAGGCCUGGUCAGUCUGUGCCGAGGAUGCCACAAGCUGCAGAUUCUGUGUGUGUCCGGCUGCAGCAACAUCACCGAUGCCUCCCUCACUGCAAUGGGACUCAACUGUCCCCGACUCAAGUGAGACCAAAAAAAAAAAAAAAACAACCCAUAAAAUCACAGUUUAAAAGUUUGCUCUGAGAAAAAAAGGCUCCCAGAUGACUUGAUCUGAUAGGUCUGUCCUUAAAACACACUGUCCUCCACUGUAUCAAAACAAGUUGAACUUAUCUUGUAGCAUCAAAUGCUCCACUGUAAUGAAUUAAAUAUGGCUUAAUGUGCUUUAAACCCAUUAGAAAUACAAAAAAAGUGUCAGGAGACCUUUAGAGAAUCUAUCAGUUUUUAAAAAAAGGACUAAAAUCAUCUAUUUUUUUUCUUGUGUCUCCCUUUUAGUGUUUGUGUCUUCUUUAUACAAAUGUAAAGUCAUAUAAAAGUUGUGGAAAAGGUCGUGCUGGAGCAAUAACCUGAGGACAAAUGAAAGAGAAAGUCACGCACAUUCAUAGCAGAUUUUACUGAAUAGCAAAGAUCUCAAGGUUGAUUCUCAGUUGAAAGUCAUGCUGUGUACUGUGUCGUGGUUAUCAUUACUCCUUCUAUCCCUCACUGUUAUCUAAAUUUAAAAAUCUCAUUAUUUAAUGAUUUACACAGGCUUGUUCUUGCCUUUGUUUUGUCAUGGUUGGAUUUCUGUGAAGCCCCUGACUCAGGGUUAUCUCAGGCUUCUGUCUCUCACUGCUUUUAGGUAGUUCAGCCCGACUAAUCACUUGUUCACAAAAAACAGAUUACAUAACCCCAAACCAAACCUCCUUGCACUGGCUUCCUAAAUAUGUUCAUAUUGAUUAUAAGACUCCUAAAGCUCGGCAUGACCAAGCCCUGUCAGAUCAUAUGAUAUGGGCUUGCUUGUUGUUCCAAGCCUUUUUGAGGAUCUGCCUGCUGAUAUCUGAAGUGCCAAAUCUGCCCUUCAUUUUAGAUGGCUUCUUGAAACAUUCUUUAUCGUUAUUUAAGGAGUUAAUAAAACCAUAGACCCCACUCUGGAUAAAUCCUCCCCUCUACGCAGGCUUUAAAUGUGUGUCUCUGUGCUCUCAGGAUCCUUGAAGCUGCACGAUGCUCCCAUGUUACAGAUGCUGGGUUCACUGUGCUGGCCAGGGUGAGUUUCUGUCACAUAAUUGUAUCUGUGGAGUCUUUACACUGAGUCACCUGUUUUUAUUUUUGAGUUUAUCUGAUUGAUUUCUCUUCGUCCUCACAGAAUUGUCAUGAGCUUGAAAAAAUGGACCUAGAAGAAUGUAUUUUGGUAAAGCAACAUGGACUUCAUGCACUUCUUUUAAGUUCUGUCUUUUACCCACUUAUCUGGGACAUAUGCUAUGUGAGAAUGGAAGGAUAUAUGUCCUGUACAGAGAUCAGUUAACUACCAUCAGUAUUUAAAAGUAGUUUUCAUCAAUCAUUCAUCAUGCUGGUUCUCCUCAGGUGACGGAUAACACCCUGGUUCAGCUGUCUAUCCACUGCCCUCGCUUGCAAGCCCUGGUAAACGUUCACAGCUUUCACAUUGUUCCAGGUUUUGUCCCUCUGCCUCUCUGAAUGUGUGUGAAGCUUUAAUCAACCUCUCUGUGUGACCCAUGCAGUCGCUGUCCCACUGCGAGCUGAUCACAGACGAUGGCAUCAGAGCUCUGAGCAGCAGUACCUGUGGACAGGAGCGCCUCACAGUGGUGGAACUGGACAACUGCCCCCUCAUUACUGAUGUGACGCUGGAGCACCUGAAGAGCUGCCAUCGCCUGGAGCGCAUUGAACUCUACGACUGUCAGCAAGUCACCAGGGCAGGGAUCAAGCGCAUCCGGGUCAGUAGAAAUUAAAGGAAAAAAACUCUGAAAUUCGGUCAUGUUGAGAAGAAAAAGCUGCACCUCCCCCAUAUACUUUUUUUUUGUUUGUACACUUAAGUAAACUCUUCCAUAGUCAGUAAAGGCUUAUUGUCAACAUAUGUCAAGAUUUGACUGGCAACACAAGCAGCAUUACCUGAGUGCAAUAAAAGCUGCAGCCAGAAGUCACUGAUAAACUUAUCUGUGUUUUUCCCUUUUGACCUCCAUGCUUGUUUACAUUUUUUAUUUCCUUUGGGAAGUCUGGAAGUGCACAUACUCAUAGGAAAGUUCAAACUACUGUUGCAAAAUUCACAUUGAGUUCCCUUUACUCUUGACAGUUAGACUUUGGGACAGCCUUCAAACCCUCAGCUCCUCAGCUGGGAUUGGAUCUAGCACUGGCUGCUUGCUUCAGCUUAACUUUAAAUGUGAAAGCAUCUCUUCUUACUUUUCAUAGAUUCUCAAUUUAGUUUCAUUUUUUAAAAUUCAAAUUUGUAUUUGUUAAUCAGUGUUCGAAGAGUAAGCUUUACAAACCCAAAGUAAUACAUAGUACUAAUACUCAAUUACAUGUCAGAGCAGUUUAUGAAGAGCUUACUCAACUGGCUAGACCUUUACUAUCUUACAUAGAGAAAACACAUGGAUUUUAUCAUAGGGCCAUAUUUCCAAACAGAGUUAGAGCACAGCUUUUCAACUUCACAACCAACCCAAAACUGGUGCUGGUGGAAAUCUGCAAACAUGAAGAUUAAUCAAACAAGCUUGACUCUUCUUUGUUUGGUGAUGAAGGCUUACUGCCCCUACAGUUUGAUGUUGGAAUUGCAGCCUGUAAAGUGUUCACCAAUGCCAGUGUAUUUAAUUUUCUUUGUUGGUGAUCAUCUUCCCUGGGCUUGGUCAGUUAUUAUUGUUUUUAUUGUGGUGUUAUUGAAAACACAUUAAGAAUUACAAAAGUUUGGUCAUGAAACAGUCACAGUCAGUAUGUUUUGCUCUGUGUGAUUAAUUUACAUGCCUGCAUUAACACAUCUUGUCCCCAUACAGGCCCACCUUCCAGAGAUCAAGGUCCACGCCUACUUUGCUCCUGUGACACCUCCUCCCUCUGUACAUGGAGGGGGCCAGCGUCUGUGCCGUUGCUGCAUCAUCCUCUGACAGUGGAGGGCCAGAGGGGGCCACCUCUGUCUACAGGUCCUGCUGCUCUGAUUGGGGCUUAAAUAGGGUCGGGGUGGGGGAAUGGGGUAGGUGAAGGGGAGAGGAGGGGCUGGACCCACUCACUGCUCCUGAUCACUGAUCACUACAAAGACUGAUCGCCACUGAUCCCUGAUCAGCAAGACCCGGCCCUCCUCUCUCCUCUCGCUCUCUGGUCAGCAUGCAGCCGUCCUCAGGGUUUGGGCGUGGAGGGGUGGAGGGAAAGAAGAAUGGGUGGAUGAAUGGACUCCCCCUUUUUCUCUUCAGUUCUAUCCUCUCUCCCUCGCUUUGCUGCAAAGACAAAAACAGGUCCUCCACGCCAUUCCUCACCUCACAUCCCUGACUGCCCACCUGCGGGCGGAGAGGACUGCUGGGUGGCUGGAUAUUGAGGGGAGGGGUCUGAACUAUGGAACUAAAAUGCAUCAUGUUCUACAAACAAACAAAAAAAAAAUGAUGAUCUUGUCAUCUUGGACAAGAGUCUGCUCAUCUCAACCAAUCACAUGACACCUCUAUGUGACCAUCCUGUGAUUCAUUCUGCUUUGACCAAUUAACACCAAGCAUGGAGGUAGAGGAGAGCUGGAUUGUGGGAAACGCAGUAUUCUGGAUAAAAAUUAAUAGGCACGCUUUGGCACAACCGGUUUUACUAUCCUGUGCAGGAGAGUCGGGAGUUAAACAGGAAAAACGGAACGGGACACGUGACAUAUUUGUGCAUCUGAGAAACUUUUGUUGAGAUUUCGACUCUGUUCCUACCGAGAAUGUUUUGCAAUGGAAAAAAAAAGAAUCACAGAUUCGGCGACUCACUGAAAACUGGAGUAGGCCAACAAAAAUUGUUUUAUUUCUUUUCUUUUCAGUGCUUAUUGUAAAUGUCCAUGCCUGUCUUAUCUAGAGGGGAAGAUGUGUGUGUCAUUCUUUUUUAAAAGAAAAAGAAGAAACUGUCGGACCUAUGAUUCAGACCCUCAGUGUCUAAAAGCGUUUCGUGGACUCUGUGUGCUACUGGGGUGAGUGGCCUCUCCUGUGUAUUGGUUACGUUGGCUUGUUGGCCCUUAUCCAAUCCUGUCAGUAGCCCUGCGCACUAGCUCCUACUUGACGACUUAAGCAUUUGUUUACAUCCUGGAUUAGCUUAGCACUACAGACAAACUUGUUUACAUGAGUAGGCCUCCAGUCUCCCUACCAUUCAGAGUGGUUUUAGUAACAUUGAUGCAACUGUGGUCGAUAACUGGACUGUGGAGUUAGUUAUUUAAAUUUUUGACUGUGUGUAGUUGGAUAUCAAUCAGGGUUCAAGGUGCAACUUUGCUUCAAAUUACAUGGAUUAUUUCUCAAAGGUGAGAUAACGUUGACAUUGUAAGCAAAUGUACCUCAACUUUUCGACAAUCAAGUGAAUUUAUGUAUUUGACCAUUAAUUUAGUGUACUUUGUGUAAUUGGCAGUUUACUGAUAAUGUAGGAUACAAUGAAGUGUUUCUGCUCAAGAUACACCACUCUCUUAAUGCCCCAAGCAGCGCAUAAGGGAUUAUUAAAAUAAAGGCUAUGAGAUAAUUCUCAUGGACUGCACCAGUCCAUAUUGUUCUUAUCUGAUAUGCAGCAAUUUUGCGCUCACCCAAUCCUGGGUUUUAUGCACUGAAUGGAAUGCUUUAAAACCAACUGUGUAUUUCACUAUUUACAGACAGUCUUUCGGAUGAAGAUAAUUCAGCAAAGCAACACAUUUAUGGGGCAUGCAGUACCACCUUCUAAAGUAUUGAAAAGACAACAAAAUAGAAGCAGCUUGCAACUUUGUGCUUUGCAAGAGACUGGCAAGUUCUAUGUAGUUGCCAAGUGCUCAAAGACUGGGGAGACUGGCAGGACUGUGGAUAGGACUGAAACUAGGAAAGCAGAUUGAAAGUUGACUCAGAUGGACCCAGAAACAUAGCUGACGACUGGCUGUGAUACUAAUGCCCUCUCUUUGACAGCUGUUUUAACAAUUUUAUGUUUAAGAAAAUAAAGAAAUAAAUGAAAAAAAUAAACAAAUGAAUAAAUAAAAGUGACUAAUAGUAAAUGUGCUUUGUCUCUCAAGUGUGA